AGGAGGACAUCGCCGAUCUGCUCACUCCACACAGAUUUGAAUAUUACGACGAUACGAUCUACGUUAUACCACAGGCGCGCAUGGCUUUUGCCCUCAUGCCGACAGCAGUGGCAGCCAAAAACAUCGUGCUAGCAUCAGAAAAUAAACGUAAAUUUUUUCUCAAUGGGUCUAAACUUCGACUGCAGGUUGUGAAGCGCAGGAAUUUGAAUUUCAAGACCCCGCUUGAGUUUUAUACAUAUCUGAUGAAUCUGCUGUGUUAUGUUAAGAAGGCAGGGAUAGAUAUUGGAGCACGGACAAUCUACAUCAGGAACAUCUCACCAGACGAGUCCCGGGAUCUCAGAGAAGCUUUGGGAAAAAUAGGUAUUGUAAGAAACUACCUGCCUCUUCUCAACAAGGUGUUAAUUGAAUUUGAGUCUGUGUGUGAUGCUGAUCGCCUUGGUGUUUGGUACAGCCUUCUAAAACAGGCCACUGGCCACAAAUUGUCAAGGGUGGAAAUACCACACAAUGGAUUUACGUCACUGCCACCAAGAUUGCCACACAAAGCUUUGCCAGACAGCGAUGUUGCUGUUGACGGGGCAGCUGUCCCAACAGAAGAUGUGAUCAUCCCACAACGCAGCACUUCACCAUAUUGGAUCACAAUGACAACUAAUCCCUUUGUGUUCCCCACUGUCGCUCCUUGGUUCACAAUCCCAGAGUAUUUAACUGUCAGGGAACCUGAUGACAUUGAGAAAGCCCAAUCUCAAGGUUCUACGUUCUCCACGAUCAUGUUGACCGGUUUGCCAGAAGGAAACUACAGACAGGAGGAUGUUGCCAAGCUGGUGUGGCGUUACUUCCCUGAUCAGACUGUUCAGACUCUGUACUACAACAUAAUCGUUUUAUCACUGCAGAGGAGGGCCUUUGUGUUUUUUAACAGCUGGGAUGCAUGCUGCGAUUUCGCCAGAGAUUACCUCAAAGAUCCAGUUACAGUUGGAGAGUGGAGACUAGGAAUCCACAUUGUUUUAAAAGACAUGCAUCCUGGUUCAAGUGAGGAGAGCAUGUACAGAAGCAUGAUGAAAUGGAGCAGCACUCAUGUUCCACAGUCUGAGUCUCUGGAGGACCGGCUGCUGAGUGUGGAGGUCUCCGAGGUGAAUGUGGACCUUGUCAUGAUGAUCAUGAAAAUGGUGGCUCCCAUUGCUGCUUUUGUCAGAUUUUUGCCGCUUGCCAACAGGAUAUGCAUUGAGAUGGCUGAACCUGGUGGAUUAACACAGGUGAUGGAGAGCAAUGUCACCAAGGACUAUUUAUCUUCUUGGAGUAAAGUCGGACGUAUUGAGUCUUUGAAGAGUCUGAAACAGCAUCUGCAAGACUCGGGUGAGAACACACUUAACCUCGAACUGGAAACAGAGAAGGCCGCAGAAUCGACCGCUGUCCCGCAGCCAAGUGAGGAAGGCCAGAAAGCAGCAGUGAAGGAAGAGGGGCCACCACAAACUUUGGUCACUACUCCUGAUGCAAACGCCGCCCCCGCCGCUUCUAGCGCUGCUCCUUCAGCAACAAGCCCAGUCAAGUCUGAGGAAAAAGACUCAAAACUUCCUCACAUCAAUGAGGACGUUUUCAUGGCCAUUACAGCAGCGCUUCGUGAGCAUAGAGAGAGUCGAGAAAGUAGGGCACAGAGCAAGGACAGAGAGGUAACACUUUAAAUUUCACUGUGUUGUCCCAAAAUAUCUUAAGACACUAAAAGCCUUAUGUUGGAGAUUACAUGUGAGCAUUGUAUAGU